AUGACUCGCCGCAGAGGUUCGCAAUCGAACAAUCCACAAAGAAUUCUGUCGCCGCGCCGACCGCUUCUGCCCCCUUUGGACCCGAUAAACUCGACGAGCUUCCUCUGUUGCACGAUCGAAGGACCGCCGAGCGAAUAUUUCGUCUCCCACGCGACCGUGACGCUCUUCUUCUGGGCGACAUUCAGAUUCGGCAUGUGGUACUACGGACCCGCCCAUUUCCUCUGGCUUCAAGGUGUUGGUAAGUGGAAAAUUUGACAGAACAGUCGAUAACAUUCUCGAAUUUCAGCCGUGGAUCUUCCGCUGUGGGUGCCGCCGUUCAACAUCUCGAUGUUUGCCGCGUUCAUCGUCUAUGCCUCGCCGCUAAUGCUCAAGUUUGCCCUCUUCCAAGCUGUCUUCGUCACACUCCUCAACAUUUUCUACGUCGGAAAAUUCUUCCACGACUCGUUUUACACGCAAAGCGAUGCUCCGUCGAUCACCGGAUUGGCGAAUUUGACCACCGCGCUCGUCUAUCUCAUUUGUGGUACCGUUUUUUCGAAACAAUUUUAGAAAAAAUGUCGCUUUUUCAGUUCCACUCACUCAACUCCUUCUUAUUCCACAAUACAUGUUGGAAAUGCGGCGAAACGAAGAGCAGGCGCAGAGGGAUUUGCAAAAUCAGCUGCGUUGA